GCGAGGGAGACCGCGUGGUGAGUUUUUGGGUGCGGGUCUUGCGGUGCGCGCUCGCCAUUACGCAUAUCCACAAACAGCCAUAUUACACCAGCAAAAUACGUCACCUAUUUUAGCAUAUCUCUACUCGCUCGUAAAGAGUUCUAGCAGAGGAUGGUCAUGGAAACCCCAUCACCGCAAUGUGUCGGCCUUGAAUUUGUGCGCCAGUACUACACGGUGCUCAACAAGGCCCCCAUGCACCUUCAUCGGUUUUUCAGUAACAAUUCGUCAUUCAUGCAUGGGGGCCACAAUUCCAUGAGUGAACCAAUUAUUGGCCAAACAGACAUACAUGAGAUGAUCAAGACACUAAAUUUCCGUGACUGUCGGGCCAAGAUACGAAUGGUUGAUGCUCAAGCUACACUUGGUGAUGGAGUAGUUAUUCAGGUGACAGGAGAGUUGUCUAACAAUGGUAAUCCCAUGCGACGGUUCAUGCAGACCUUUGUGUUGGCUCCACAAACCCCCAAGAAGUACUAUGUACACAAUGACAUCUUCCGCUAUCAAGACGAGGUGUUCAUUGAUGGAGAAGGUGGGGAUGAGGCUGGGAGUGAAGUUGAAGAAGACAUUGAAGCUCCAAUGACACCUCAGAAUUUUACUGCUCCGUCUGCGACGGUAAAUGGGUCAGCUCAUCCUCCUGAACCAGAACCAACACCACCUGCUGCUCCCCAAACUCCAGUAGCUCCACAAGUUCCCACUCCAGUUCCAACUGAGUGGGGAAACCAAACAUCACAGACUUUAAGGGAGGUUGUAGCAGUGCCAGCUUCUGUAAGCUGUGCAUCAGUUGUGACGAGUGCACCCAUUGUUGCUCCGCCUUUGUCUCCAACACCUCCGGCACCAACUACAACAGAAAUUGUACCCGAAGCUCCUCCUACUCCAGAAAAGGAUGAUGAAGGUUGGGGUACUCCUGUCUCUGACGGUUGGGGUGGCUCUUCAGAACCCCAGAGCACAUCCUGGGAUGAACCAGCAGUUCCACACAAGGAAACCCCUGAUCCAGACCCUCCCCAGCCUGAUCCAGUUCAACAACCAGUAUCAAGUGAACCCAAAACAUAUGCAAAUUUGUUUAAGAGCAAUCAAGGAUAUGGUGGCACACCACCACCACCUACAUGUGCAGCCUCUCACCCACCUUCCACACAGUCAACACCACCUGCACCCCACCACAAUCAACAGCUUAAUCGUGUUGAAGUAAACAGUCGUGCUACAGCAGCAGCUGGUGUAAAUCCUGCUCAGAAUCCACCCCAGUCUGGUGGUGGAUUUAUUCAACGGGCACCCAGGAACACACAAGGACGAGGGCCGCCAAGAGACCGCCCAUUCAGGCCCAACGGUGAAGAUAAUUCAGAAUUAGAGAGUUUAGGUGGUGAAGAAAGACGGAGAGCUCCUCCUGUUCCUGACAGUCAACAGAUAUUUGUGGGGAACCUUCCCCACACAGCAGGGGAGGAAGAACUGAAGGCUGAGUUCUCACGAUUUGGCAAGAUUGUAGACAUUCGCAUAAAUACAGCCAAGGGUAAAACUGGCCCAAAGGGGCAAGUUCCUAACUUUGGAUUCAUCACAUUUGAAGAAGAAAGUUCUGUUAACAAGGCUCUUCAUAGUAGGCCUAUUCACCUCAAUGGUGAACACAGGUUGAAUGUCGAGGAAAAGAAAGCGCGCCUACGAAUGGAUGGUGGAAUGGGGCGGCCAAACAGUGGUCGUGGCGGCAUGGGUGGUAGUGGCGGCUUACGUCAAGGUCCUCCAGGGGGGCUUCAGGGCCGUGGUGGUGGCCGACCCGGUUUCAACCGAGACAGCAAUCGAGGUGGCCCCGGAGGACCAAGAGGUGGCUUUGUCCAACGACGUUAGUGACCAUUUAUAGUCACUGUGACCUCCUCUCUUACUCACAAGUAACCUCUGUCCAGUGCAGCAUAUCUUAGCAGAUGGUUGCAUAAGUGGUCCAAAUAUCUAGAACAGGACUGCUAAAUCUAACCUCAAUAGAGCCAUUGUACAACUUCAUGGUGUGCUCGGUGAACGUUACUGUUUUGAUAUGUAACUAAACGGUGGCCACUUUGAAAAUACUGGUGCUUGAGGUGAUGACAGAUGAAACAAGUGAAAUAUGUUACAGAAACUUCACAAUAACUUAAGUGGCUUCUUUUGUAAUUUAGUUUCUUCUAUGUCUCAGUAACUGUUUUAAAAUAUCAAAUUGAUUUCCAUUUUGUGAAUACAAACAUUUUCCACUGGUGACUUGUACUUAGACCUAGUGCCUCCCUUGAUAGAUUCUGUUGUGUACGAGUAAGAACCUUCCUCUCUGGAUGGUUGUGAUGAAAUUGUCUCUAUAGUAAUUACUCAUAUUUGGCAGUAAAACAAAUUGUUUGUGAUUACCAAGAUCAUUCCCAUUAUAAACAGCUACUAGUCACAAUUGAAACAAAAAACUUUUUAUGCUUGUUUGUUUCUCUUACAAAGUAAAGUUUGAUAGUAUAUUUAAAUAUGGAUUUUUUUUUUUUUUACUUCAGCUGAGACUGAUGUACAUUUUGUGAUUGUGGGGCUUAUUGCAAUUUCUUGCAACAGUCAGCAUGGAGACAAAUUUUGAGAUGCUCAUCUGACUUGGCCAAUCAUCCUUGCUCACACUAGAUCAUUUACAUUUCUAGCACUACUGUCAGUGGGCAUUAUUACACUCAAAUAUUAACCUGUUUAAUACAGCCAUUACUGGUCAAGCACAGAUCUGCAUUUUUAUUAUAUAUACAAAUAUAUAUAUACAUAUAUAUAUAUAUGUUGUGGGUGAAAUUUAUAGUUUUCACAUAUCUGCUCAUGAGGUACUUUAGCUGGAGGAACAAAAACAAUAGGUAAUGGGGGUGGGUGAAGGCCUGGGAUGGGGGGGGGGGAAGCUGUCGAAGGUCACACUGUUCGUAGCAAGUCACUUCUGGUCACUACUCUUACACUUGAUUUGACCUGUUUUAAUUUUUUUGUAGUGUGCUAGUUUUUCACCAAAUGGAAAAUUGUGGAGCAUUUAUACUUCACGUGUGAGUUGUAAACCACCUUAAACAUUUGUAGUAAACAGUAUGCAAGAGGAGAAAAUAGCCUUAUCACCAUCAACACUUGCAACUCUAUGAACAUAUUUCAUUCCAAAGGAUUUAGUUCAAAGGUUGUCUAAGCAUGCAAUGAUUUUCAGAUAAUGAAGAUGGAUUUUUUUAUUGUACAAAUCAGUAUUAGUUUUUUGUUCUUGUUCUUGUUACUGGUUGCGUUUAAAGGCAAGUUCCCAUGUUAAAGAUGGAUGUGCAGAAAUGUGAUAUUAGUUUAGAUAGUGUGAGAGCAGUUAUGGAGUGUUCUGAAAGUGAUUGCAUGUUCAGGCAGCUUUGAUACUCUCCUUUUCUUAUGGUUACAAAAGGGAUUUAAUAAUUAAUUACCCAAAGUCCAGAGCUUAAUCAUCCUCUUGAGAAAUCACUAAAAAAAUGUCUGAAAAUAAUUUUGCUCAGUUGAUGACCUGGAAUGCAGUAGUUUCUAACCAGUUGUGAUUAUUGGUAACUCUUGUGGCAUUAAACUUAAAUAACUGAGUUUUAAAAAGGAAAACAUCCAUAACUUAAUUUUAACGGUGAAACUACUCAGUUCAGUCCCUAAAAGUUCUCGUUUCUGAAUCUUUGGGGAAUGUGAUAAUUCUCGGAUCCAUCUUAUUUAAUUGAAGGUUUUCCGAGAGUUCAAAUGCUUUUUCUACAACUUUAUUUAUGGUCUGUUCAUGCAGCUCCUCCUGGUCAGAAUCUUUGUGACAAAUGCAGAAUGAAAGUGAGAAAUAAAAGCCUCUUUUCU